AUGGAACCCAAGGCAGCUUUUGGCAUUAAGAAGUGCAAAAGUGUCCUGGUAGCUGCAGUCUAUAAUGGAAUAACAACUCAAGAGGUCAAAACAGGGAUGCUUCAACAGACAAGCGUUUAGACCAUGUCAAGACACAGAGUGAAGAAGAUAGCAAAAUCCUACUCCAUAGCAGGCCAUAGGCAACAGUUUCCCCCAAUCAGCCUGGCUUCCCAUGGAAGGAUCCCUUGGCCUCAGGCUGAGGUGGGCACCUGCCCCAGCCUACAGUGCUGGGUUUCUCCCUCUUCUCCACCACACAGGGAGCUCCAUGAUGUCAAAUCUUGUCACGCCCACAGCUGUAUCACCUGCUUGGCAUACAGCAGGUGCUCAAUAAAUACUUGCCAAAUGACUGAAUGCAUUGUGCCAGUAUCAGGAUGCUACCAGGCCCCAAGGGAGCCAGAGAGAUCAGAGGAAACUUGGACUCCUGCCAUGCCUUACAUUAGCAGCAACUUCUCCGAGUACUGA